AUGUCCCGUUUUUGGCGGAAAGCGGCGACGCGAAGGCCGCCGUUGCAGCUCGUGCUAUCAGCGGGGCUGCUGGCCGCGGCGGCGAUCGGCUGCCUCUCCGUAUGGCCCGUGACGGCCGGCAUGGCUAGCGCCGCAGGCGACGCGGCGAACAGCACGCAGGACAAAGACGACGCGGCUCUGCUGUACGCACAAUGGAAGCGCGCGUACCGCCUGGGCGAGUCGAACACCGAGCCGCCCGAAACGAUCUCGCUGCCGCCAGGGGUGCCGCGCGCACCGCACCUAGAAGACUGCAGCGCGCGGACCGCCGCGCGCCAAGCGCUGGAGAGGCGUGGGCCGCGGGGAGAGUCGCCCGCGUGGGCACGAGCGCGGCUUCCCCAACCCCCGUGGGUGCGCGGGUCGGACGCGGGCAAUCUGGGCGGCACGCGGGCGGCGCAGAGGGAUCUGUGGGAGCACCAGUUCCCGCCGCACCGCUGCCGCGGCCGCCGCCUGCUGCUGGUGCGGUGGCUGGACAUGACGGGGCACGGGCUGGGCUCGCAGCUCCACGUCAUCGGGUCCGUGCUGAGCGUGGCCAUGCUCUUCAACCGCACGCUCGUCAUCGUGCCAGGAAGCUUCCCGCAGGCGGACCACAGCGAGUGCGAGGGGGCGGAGAGGCGCGGGUCGCUGGACUGCUACUUCUUCGCGCUCACCUCCUCCCACUGCCGCAACAUCGCCAUGCGCGCUUAUAACGAGUACAAGGCGAAGCGGGGGCUGGAGGGGCGGUCUCGUUGGAGGGCGUGGACGGCCAUGCAGCGCCGCCGCAUCUCUGCCCACCGCACCUCCGCUGCCCACCGCACCUCCGCUGCCCACCGCACCUCCGCUGCCCACCGCACCUCCUCUGCCCACCGCACCUCCGCUGCCCACCGCACCUUCUCUGCCCACCGCACCUCCUCUGCCCACCGCACCUCCGCUGCUGGCACCACGGCCCGUGCAACGGCCCUCGCCGCACGUGCUGGGGGUGGGCAGGGGGGCAUAGAGAGCGUUGUGGGCCGGGCGGAUGAGGGGCGCAGGGGGAAUGGGGCAGAGGGGGCGGAUGAGUGGGAGGCGGAGAGUGGGGAGGUGCGGUGGUGUGGGUACGAUACGAAGCGCACGCUGGAGUCGGAUGCGGUGGUGGUGUUUGGGUGCAGCCCCCUGCUGCCCGCCUGGGCUGGCCGCCGCUACCUCAAGCUCCUCCGUGGCGCCGCUGCUCUGUACGCCCCCCCUCCUCCCCUCCUGCUCCUGCCUCUCUGUUACGCUCCCUCCAGCUAUCCCCACUCGCAGCAUGCCAACGUCCCAAUCACUCGCCUCGUCCACCUCAACGUCAUCUACCCCUCCCUCUCCCUUCUUUACCCUCAUGCCACGUGUCCUCGCCUGUGUGUCCUCGCCUGUGUGCUCUCGCCUGUGUGCUCUCGCCCGUGUGCCCACACUCUUCGCCGGGAUGGCAGGCUGUGGGGGGGGGCGUAUAGGGAGCGCACAGGGACCAACGAGGUCAGCGGGCAGCUCGUGCGCAGCAACACCACGGUGCUCAAGGUGCAGUGGUGGCGGGCACAAGCACUGCGCUUCAUGCUGCGCUGGCCCUCGCCCUACCUCUGCCAUCUGCUCAACCGCCACCGCCACAGCGCCUACGGCAUGCACGUGGCGCGCAGCACAGCAGGCGCCAUGCACGGCCAGCAGCACGUGCUGAGCGUGGCGGCUCGGCUGGCCAGCAGCCUGGGGGAGGACCUGCGCGGGCACCUGCUGGCAGAGGCCGUGGGCGCGUGGGCGGGGGGCGUGGGGCAGGGGGCCGCCUCACCCCUGGCACUGCCGGUAGCAGAGCCUGGCAGCACCGCUGCUGCGCUGCAAGCACGCUCACUGCUGCUCUUGCACGAGCCUGCUGCUGCUGCUGGCGAUGGCGAUGGUGGGGGGGGAGUGGGGGCGGAGGCGUACAUGCCGCGGCCGAUAGUGAGUGUGCACGUGCGGCAGGGCGACAAGGGGCGUGAGAUGCGGCUCUUCUCCUUCCCCUCCUUCGUCUUCCUCGCCAACCGCCUGCGCCGCCUCGACCCCGCCCUGCACAACGUGUGGCUCAGCACUGAGAUGCAGAGUGUGGUGAAGAGAUCGUCCAGCUUUGGCAACUGGGAUUUCUUUUAUUCCAAGGUGCCGCGGCAAAAGGGCAAGGAAACCAUGUCACACUACCUUCGCCGCACUGGCAUGGCUCGUGUGGUGGGAGCCAGUUUUGCCAACCUGCUGGUGUCCUCAGAGUGUGAUUACUUCGUGGGAGUUCUGGGUUCAAACUGGAAUCGGCUUAUCAAUGAGCUGAGACUGACCAACGGGAGGCUAUUUGCUGGCUAUGUCGCGUUGAACUUUGACGAAUGGUAG